UAAAGCAAAUUUACGUGAUUCGAAAAUGUGCGCGUCUACAAAGAUACUUAUAUAUGCGUGCGUUUGCUGGUCUACGGCGGCUGGAUUCACGUUGAAACAAUCGCAUCCGGUCCGACUUCCGGUGCACGAGGCGAAUCCGGAAGAUCCGAAAACCUUCAUCCGAUCCGACGGUUCCGACCGUCCUCAGACGAUCGUCACGUGUCCGAAGGGAUUCCGAUUCAACGCCAACUCGAUGAAAUGCGUCAGAGCCGCGGCGGACGAGGACGACGGCUGGGUGAACAACGGGUGUCCCAUCGACUACAUGGGCCCUAUGCCCUUCGCGGACGACUGCACGAAGUUCGUUAAUUGUUGGCUGGGACGCGGAUACCUGCAGGAUUGUCCGAGUUUCCUCGUCUACAGACACGAGAAAUUGUCUUGCGAUUGGCCGGAUUCUGCCAACUGCUGCGAGUAUUGGGAAAAGGACACCGAAAAAUUGACCGUUUGACCGUGAAAUAUCUUAUCUCCUCUUUCGCAUUACAUUGUCCCAAUCCUCCCAAUUGUAAAAAAAAUAAAUCUCUUCACAAAAGUCUUUUCAUACACACAUUCCUAUUGAUAUUAUUAAUAUAGAAAAUGUUUUAGUGAAUUGUACCAAAUAAAUACAUUAAAAUAUAAUAGCUUCCAAAUAAAUGUUUCAAUUAUAAUGUAUAAAUGAGUAAGCGAGUAAGAUGAAAGGGUUUUUUAGUUUAAUUAUUUAUGUUUCAAGCCAAACAGAAUGGAUAAUGUUUUGCGGUAGGGACAUCAAUUAACAAUUUUGUUUCAUAAUAAAUGUGAUUAAACCAUA